CAAUCGAUAAACUACAGAAUACUCUAUUCAAAUUAAGAACAUCGGCAUUAUGGACUAUAGAAUCUCUAUUUUUCAUCAUCGGCAACAGUAGCAGCAGUAAUGCCAUGACUUGUGAUGAUGAUGCAUCAAAAGUGUUGCAAUUGCUUUGGAAAAUGGAUUUAUUGGAAUCGUUUUAUGUUUGUCCUCAGCCUGCACACAUUAAUAAUACAAAACUACUGCUCUACACUUACAACCCAUUCACAAACUGGGCGCCACAACCGUGGCGGGAAGUAAUUGAUCUCAAAAACAAACCAGAUGAUCGAUGGACUCUUUACCGACAGUCACAUCGAAAUGAUGAAACAAUAUGUGACACCCUGACUUUUGAUAAAACAAAAUUUCUUGAGGGUUACGGUAUCAAAGUCAUCGGGUUCCCCGUUAAAAAUUCAAACUGGACUUGUAAUAAAAAUUAUUCUAUCGAUAGCUUAGAAUAUUAUUUUCCACAAACAUAUGCUGUAUUUUUUUCAACAUUAUUUUCUGCUUUGAAUGUUACACCGAUUAUCAAUUACGAUGAUAACGGCGUUUUCGCAAAGAACAAAGCAAUAGGAUUUGUGAAGUCAUUGAUUAACGGUACUCAUGAUGUAGGUACGAAUAGUCGAUACACAUCCGAUACGGGCAACAAUUCAGUUGAUUCAAUCAAAUUGCAUCAUCAAAAUGGUUUUUUGAUUAUAACCCAACCACGUGAUUACAUAUCAGCAUUUGACAGAAUAAAAGACAGCAAUACUGCGUAG